GUCAAACGCAAAUCUUGCUCUUUUCCAACCUCCGCCGUCGAGGAACAAACACGUGUUUUGUGAGUGGAAGUGAACGCCAGAAAUAAUUAGAAUUUCGCCAGAAUGCCGCUCGCCAAGGAUUUCCUGCACCCGCUUCCGGCCGAGGAGAAGCGCAAGCACAAGCUGAAGCGCCUGGUGCCGCACCCGAACUCCUACUUCAUGGACGUCAAGUGCCCCGGAUGCUACAAGAUCACAACCGUAUUCAGCCAUGCCCAGAGCGUCGUCGUCUGCUCCAACUGCACCACGAUCCUGUGCCAGCCGACCGGUGGAAAGGCCCGCCUGACGGAGGGUUGCUCGUUCCGCAAGAAGCCCUACUAAAAAUCGGAAGAGGUCCUACCGGGUCUGCUCGGUAACGCUUUAGGUUAAGGAUGGUAACAACAAAGUACGCCCGGAAAGUGUGCCCUGCUAUUCCGGUGAAGAUUACUUGGACCGGGAAGUGGAGAACUGCUGUGCGAUAGUUGAAUACGAAAUCUUCAAUAUUUAACCUAUGUAAAUCAAGUUGAAUGUCCAAGAAUUGACCGGAAUAAAGGACGAUUUUUCGGUGAAAAUCGGAUCGAUUCUGUUUAUCAGAAAA